CCGUGUAUCCUUGGUAUCAGUAUCGGUCGUCGUUAAAGGACAAAGGGACAGGAAUCGUUUGCACGAAGAGUCCUCGCUAUGAAGACGAUCCUCAUCUUCGUGACAGCGAUAGUGGCAGCUCUCGCAGCACCACAAGGCAAUCCAAAUGAUAUUACAAUCGUAAAGCAAGAAGAAUCAAACAAUAUUGGUGUAGGUGGAUAUCACUUUAGUUACGAACAAAGCGAUGGCCAAAAGAGGGAGGAAACUGGCGAACUGAAAAAUGAGGGUACCGAUGAUGAAUCAAUCGAUGUCACUGGUAGUUUUUCCUUCACAGCACCAGAUGGUCACACUUACAGGGUUGAUUACACGGCCGACAAGGACGGAUUUCAUCCUACCAUAAACCUUGUUUCAAAGUAAAACAUCGAAACUGAUGUUCUGCAUUAUAAACACUAGGAUUUUGCGACCAUCGGUAUAAACACAUUAGAAUAUCUUAUACGUACCUUGAAAUAAUUGUAAGGCACGCGAUUCACUGUUAGAAUAUUGAUCAUCAAUUCCAAAAUUUUACUUGCUCUCAUUCACACACUUUACAAGCUAAUCACCUUUAACCAUUCUUUCUUUUUAAUGGGAGUAUUGGAUUUAAAAUAGAUGAUCGCUGCCCUACGUUCAGAUAAAAAAAAAUUUUUUAAUCAUGCAGUCGAGAAAGAUAAAUACUUCCCUAUCCUAAAUUAAUUGUUACAUUUAGGGUAUAAAAUUUGUUCUGAAGUAGUUGUUACACUUGUGGAUAACUUGAAAUUGAAGUGGUUUAAUAACUGCUACUGUAUUCGACAAAUUUUAAUUACAUAUAAAAUAUCAGCUAAAGUACGUGAAAUAUGUCAAAUGCUAUUUCUAAAAUUUUUAUUCUUAUUUCCAAAUGUUUCUUUAUAAAAUCGAUAUUACUCAGACAAAUAAAUAUACAUU